UUCAGCUGGACAACCAGACAGUUUUCCGAACAAUAUCGCUUCAGAAAAUAUUUCAAGACAUGCUAAACGACCUGUAUACGAUUUGUACGGUGUUUCUCAUGGUACAAAAAUAAUAUACAUCUACACGGAUAUGUUUUCAAGUGAGAUGUUUGUCAUUUAAUCAGCAGUGUGACUGUGCUCGGUUAUUAAGCUAACUUUAGCUAGGCUGUGUCAUUCUAAUGGUCCAGGUGACAGCUGACCAGAAACUGCCUGACAAGCGUAGCAAGUCAGCUUUCAAAACAGCAACAAGUCACAUCCAUUGAAAUCGUGGUUACGUGGCAGUUCAACAAGGAAAAGAUUUCAAACGGACUCUUCAUUACAUGUUUUUUUCCUGUACCGCCUUGCUUGGCCAGCAGGACCCGACAACUACACGAAGAGGAGCUGCUAUUCCCUGGAGCUGGUGUAGGCUCUGGCUGGCUACGGUGUGAUGUGGAUAGCGCUGGAGUAUUUAGUUUAACACGCUGUCCCGAUGGCUGUCCGUUGGCUAUGCAAUCUGUUUGGGAAGCCCUUCGAUGGGGGGAAGCGUAACAUGGACCAUGGCCACGGCCCCCCCCCCCACCAGCACCAGCCGCACCCCCCCCACCAUGAGCAGCAGUCCCCCCCCCCUCAGCCCGGGGCCUUCCCCUACUUCCCGGGUGGGGGGGGGUUUCCGCGGUACUCCGGGGGGAUGAACUUCUUCCCAGGAUUCCCGGGGUUCCCGGGCGGGGGGGGCGGGGCGUCGCCAGGGCAACAGCACCCGGCGCUGGUGCGGCUAGGGGAGCUGCAGGGAGAGGUCGCGACCUUUGGCCCCCACGUGUGCGCCUUCAGCGGCCUGCAGAGCGACCGCGAGUACAAGCGCCUGGAGAGAGAGCUCACACGCCUGCAGCUGGAGGUGGACCAGGUGGAGACGGAGGGCCGGUGUGAGCUGCAGCAGGCUCGUAAGCGAGUGGCUGGGGAGGUGGAGGGGUUGCUACGCUACCUGGAGGGGAACGCUGCGCACCCGUCCCGGCUGGCCGUGGAGGCGCUGGCUCAGGAGGCCCGAACGCUCCUGCUCACCGCCAUCGUGGAGCCGCACCGCGCCGGCCUGCCACCAGGGGGCGGAGACCAGCUGCUGGACGCCGUGCAGGACGUGGCCAUGAGGCUCGCACAGGUCAAGACGGGGGGCAGUGUCCCGCUGCGUAAGGCGCGCUACCGUGCGCUGACGCGUGUGUGUGCGGUGCUGGAGGUGCUGGAGGGGACGUCUCGCGUACACACACUCCCGCUGCCGCUGUCCAACGAGACGCACGCGGCCGUGCAGGGCAUCAACCGCGCCAUGGGCGAGCUCUCGGCCGCGCGCUGCCAGCUGGUGGCGCUGCUGAUGGGGCUGAGCGGGCGCGACAGCUGUGCCAACCUCACCCGCGCGCUCACCGAGCUGCAGCUGGAGCUGGACGCCCUCGACGUCUCCGGCGACGCCAACGUGCGCAACUACCGCAAGCAGGUGGUGGAGGAGAUCAACGCCCUGCUGAAGCACCUCGACCUGGAGGAGGAGGGGGACAACACACACAGGUAUGACCUGACGCAGAACGACUCCAUCCGUGAGAUCGAGGCGAUCCGGGGCCGUGUGUGUGAGCUGCGGCGGGAGGUGCUGCGGCAGGGCUGUGUGGGGGGUCAGGGGGCGGAGCUCCAGGGCCUCCUGGCGCGAUUGGACGAGGUGGACACGGGGCGGAACCCCUGCAUCCGUGAGGCGCGGCGCCGCGCGGUCCUGGAGGUGCAGGCCGUGGUCUCCUAUAUUGACCUCCAGGGGGCGCUAUGGAGGCACCACGCCGAGCGCGAGAACCAGCACACGCAGCCGGCCACAGCUCUACAGCGCCCCCCUCUGGAGCACGUGUGGCGCGUGCUGGGCAGCCUGGGGCAGCUGCAGGGGCAGGUGCUGGGCUUCGAGGGCAGGCGCCAGGACAAGAGCUACGCGGUGCUGGAGGAGCUGCUGACCAAGCAGCUGCUGGACCUCGACGCCGUCGACUCGCAGGGCGACGCGGACGCCAAAGCCGCCCGCAAGCAGGCCGUCAAGUACGCCCAGAACAUCCUCAGCUACCUGGACAUGAAGACGGACGAGUGGGAGUACUGAGACACACACACACACACAUGUACACACACACACACAUACGCCCAGAACAUCCUCAGCUACCUGGACAUGAAGACGGACGAGUGGGAGUACUGAGACACACACACACACACAUGUACACACACACACACAUACGCCCAGAACAUCCUCAGCUACCUGGACAUGAAGACGGACGAGUGGGAGUACUGAGACACACACACACACACACACACACACGUCAAGUACGCCCAGAACAUCCUCAGCUACCUGGACAUGAAGACGGACGAGUGGGAGUACUGAGACACACACACACACACACACACACACACACGUCAAGUACGCCCAGAACAUCCUCAGCUACCUGGACAUGAAGACGGACGAGUGGGAGUACUGAGACACACA